AUGAAACACGGCCUGCCCGUCUUCCACUGGAAGACGUACAUUGUCGGGUUCCCCACCAGCGUCGAAGAGCGCCAACUCGGCGAGGAGAUCUACUUCCAAAUCACGCAGAGUUACUACGACACUGGUCUUGGUUUUAACAUUGCACCAGCCGGCCUCAGCAUCCAGUCAGCAAACAAACUCAGCCCGGACAAAUCGAAACAGCUUCGUUCGAUCCGCAACGAUUCCAAAACCUACCAAGACCAAAUUCAGGCCGAAGUCAAUACUAGUCUACCAAAAUACAAGGAAUUCGCCGACCUGCCGCAUCAGACCGCCCAGGAAAGCCUCAGACUCCAAACCAGAUACGAAGAGCUUCUUCGCGAGGAAGCCAGCAAGGCACCCAUUUCAGAUGCCGACGUGCGUGAUUGUCUGGCCAUGAUGGACGAGGCACAGCGUCUCAUCGAUUAA